AUGGCCGAACAGAAAGCAUGCACGGUCUUCCACGCCCGGGAGUCCAAGUCCUUCAAUGUCAGAGUAAACAACUCGGCCACUAAGCAUCUCUCCGGCGACGAGUGCAUCGACAUUGACGUCUCCAUCCCUGCCGCUGCUGGCUUCACAUGUACCACGAAGUACUGGCCGAAUUGGCAAUCGUCUGACCACAUCAAGAUAUCUGUGGUGAUCACUCGCACGGAUGACCAGCACCAUCAGCAGAGGCAGCAUAAACUCCUGGCGGCGCAUAUUGAUCUGCCGGCUAGGACCGGCCUGACACCUCCUCCUGUAACGGUCAGACGAGAAACCGUCACCACAGAUUGCAAUUGCAAUGAAGGCAUGGUCAGACGAGAACCCGCCGUCACCGCAGAUUGCAAGGAAGGCAUGGCGGUCAAACAAGAACCCGUCACCACAGAUUGCAAGGAAGGCAUGCUCAGACAAAAACCCGUCGCCACAGAUUGUAAGGAAGGCAUCUCUUUGAUCGCAAAGAGGUCUGACGUCGAGGCGAAUUGCGUCGUGGACGACCACUUCACCGCGAUUUGCAUGGUGGCGGUUUCAAAAGUCUGGCCGCCGUUGCCGUUGCCGACUCUGUCUAGACUAGAGCAUGAUAUUCUCAUGACCUCCGAUCUCACCGAUGUCUCCUUCCAAGUCGACGGGGAGACUUUCAGGGCGCACCGCCUCGUGCUCGCGGCGCGCUCUCCAGUGUUCAGGACAGAACUCUUCGGUCGUCGUCAAAUGGCUGAAGGCAGCCAGCAGCAGGAGAGCUCGAUUGCCAUCCAAGACAUGAAGGCAUCCACCUUCAAAUCCAUGCUCCAUUACAUGUACCAUGGCUUGCUGCCUGCCGAGACUGCUUGGAUGAUGUCGGAGUUCCAGGAUCUAUACGUUGCUGCAGACAAAUACGGGCUGGACACCCUCAAACAGACGUGCGAGGAGAUACUAUGUGCUAGCGUCAACACAGAUACGGUGCUGUCAAGCUUGCAGUUUGCCGAAGAGCGCGCUUGCCUGAAGCUCAAGUCCAGGUGCCUCGAUUUCCUUGCGGAUGGUGAAAAGUUCAAGGCGGUGGCGGUAACCAACGAGUACAUCGACCUGAUGAAGAAGGUCCCGUCUUUACUAGACCAUGUGCAGAACCGGUUCAAGAGGCCACGACUACCGUGA